UCGCCCUGGGGUUGAGUGCCAUGGCAUUGUAGCUCAGAGCACCCUCAAAUUCUUGGGCUCAGGCAAUUCUCAUCUUCGCCUCCCACCACAACACAGGCUAGUUUUUCUAUUUUUAGUAGAGACAGGGUCUCCCUUUGCUGAGGAUGGUCUUGAACUGAGCUCAGGCAGCCCAUGUACCUCAGCCUCCCAGAGUGCUAGAAUUAUAGGCGUGAGCCACCUCACCUGUCCUAAAAUAUAAUUUUUAAAACAUGAGCAUAAGGCAGGGUACCAUUGCUCACACCAGUAACCCCAGCAUUCCAGGAAGUUUGAGACCAGCCUGGCCAAAAGAAGAAAAAGAAAAAUUAUCCCAUGUGGCAUAGCAUGCACCUACAGUAGUCUCAGCUGCUCAGGAAGCUGGGGGUGAGAGGAUUGCUUGAACCCAGGAGUUCCAGCUGCAGGAACUAUUAUUCCUAUCACAAAAAAAGGAAUACAUUAAAGGAAUCUGUGAACCUGAACUAGAAGAAAGAGAAUGUUACCCCAAGGCCAUGCACUGCAUUUUUGUUGGAGCAGAGAGCCUGUUUCUGAAGAGCUUGAUUCAGGAUACAUGUGCUGACCUCUGCAUUCUGGACAUUGGCCUGCUUGGCAUCAGAGGCAGUGCUGAGGCUGUGGUCAUGGCUAGAAGUCACAUUCAACAGUUUGUAAAGCUUUUUGAGAAUAAUGAGAACUUACCCAGCAGUCAGAAAGAAUCAGAGGUGAAAAGGGAAUUCAGACAAUUUGUUGAAGCCCGUGCAGACAAUUAUACAAUGGAUUUGUUGAUUUUGCCCACUUCCUUGAAAAAAGAACUUUUGACACUCACCCAAGGUGAGGAGAGUCUCUUUGAAACAGGAGAUGAUAAUGUUAUUGAAAUUAGAGAUUCUCAACAAGCAGAGGUUACGCAGAAUGCUGCCACAGGGCUGAAUGUUUCCAGAGAUGAAAUUGUUUUGCAGGAAGAUACAAGAAAUAAAGCUGGGACUCCUGUGUCUGAGCUUACAAAACAAAUGGACAUAGUCUUUUCUAGUACACCAGAUGUGCUUUGUGUUCCGGUAAAUGGCCUCACCCCAGAUGAAGAAGUGCUUUCCAAGGACAGAGUUUGUCACAAAAGGAGAUUUUCUGAUUCUGAAGAAAGACAUACCAAGAAGCAGUUUUCUCUGGAAAAUGUUCCAGAGGGGGAGCUUUUACCUGAGGGUAAGACAUCAGCUGGAAAUGUAAUCACUGGCCAAUCUGAGUCUUCUACCGUUUCUGAAAAUUUAAGUCUAGAUGUAAAAGACACUACUGAGGAAAUGGAAUACAACAUCCUCGUAAACUUUUUUAAAACCAUGGGCUAUUCCCAAGAAAUUGUUGAAAAGGUUAUUAGAGAAUAUGGGCCAUCUACUGAACCAUUAUUGCUCUUAGAAGAAAUUGAAAAAGAAAAUAAAAGGUUCCAAGAAGACAGAGAAUUUUCACCUAGUACUGUGUAUUCAGAGACCAGCAAAACCAAAAAUAAAGGUUUUUGUAGCAUUGUAAAUGAGCUUACAACAGAUUCAACUCCAAAGAAGACACAGACUCUCACACAGCAAAAUACAGGAGAAAAAUGUUCUCAGUUGCCAUUCAAAGUAGAAGUUAAACCAUGUACCUCAAAUUGCAAAAUUAAUACUGUUAGAACAGUGCCAAUAGAACAGAAACGUGAAAUCUGGGCUUCAAACCGGAACUAUGUUUGUAACGUAGACCUUGAAACUGAUGGCCUUCCACCUUCUGUUGCCCCAUCAAGUCCCAAAGAAGUCAAUUUUGUUUCAAGGGGAGCUUCGAAUCACCAGCCCAGAAGUCCAGCUUUUCCUGAAAAUGGUUUGCAACAUCAGGCAGAACCCCUGCUUCCAAAUACUAUGAAAUCUCCCUGUGAAAAACAUUCAGGAUGUUGUAGCUCUCCUCAGGCUAAGCCAAAUUGUCUAUCCCUUAUUCCACCAAUGCCGCUGCCCCAGCAAUCACCUUCAGUUAUGGACACAAAGUUGGCAGGACCUUCUGAUUAUAUUGAUUCCUCAGUUACAGGGGUUCAGAGGUUUCGAGAUACUCUAAAAGUACCAUACAAACUGGAAUUAAAAAAUGAACCAGGAAGAACAGAUUUGAAGCACAUUGUUAUAGAUGGGAGCAAUGUUGCAAUUACCCAUGGUCUGAAAAAGUUCUUUUCUUGUCGUGGAAUUGCAAUUGCAGUUGAAUAUUUUUGGAAGCUCGGCAACAGAAACAUCACUGUAUUUGUCCCUCAGUGGAGAACAAGACGUGAUCCUAAUGUCACAGAACAACACUUCUUAACCCAGCUCCAGGAGCUCGGAAUAUUAUCUUUAACUCCUGCCCGGAUGGUGUUUGGAGAAAGAAUCGCCUCUCAUGAUGACAGGUUUCUACUCCACUUAGCAGACAAAACUGGUGGCAUAAUUGUAACAAAUGAUAACUUCAGAGAAUUUGUGACUGAAUCCGUUUCUUGGCGAGAAAUUAUUACAAAAAGACUGCUUCAGUAUACAUUUGUGGGGGACAUAUUUAUGGUUCCUGAUGAUCCUCUGGGAAGAAGUGGACCUCGAUUAGAAGAAUUUCUUCGGAAGGAAGUCAUUCUCAGAGGCAUGCAGCCCCUACUCAAUGCCCUGCCAAAUGUGGGUGUGUUUGACCCCAGCUUCAGAGUCCCUGGUACCCAGGCAACCAGCUCCAGCCACCAGCCUCCCACCCGGAUCCAGGGUGCCCCUCCAAGCCACUGGCUUCCUCAGCAGCCCCACUUCCCACUCCUGCCGAACCUUCCCAGUAUCCAGCAGAAUCUGUCCAUGCCAGCACAGAGGUCUUCUGCAGAGACCAACGAGCUGAGGGAAGCCCUCCUGAAGAUCUUCCCCGACUCAGAGCAGAGGUUGAAAAUUGAUCAGAUUCUGGUGGCCCAUCCGUACAUGAAAGAUCUGAAUGCGCUCUCUGCCAUGGUGUUGGACUAAAGCCUGCACUGAGAGGCUGGAGCUCAGGGCCGGCUGAUCUGACUCACGCUGGGGCCUGGGCCUGACGGGAACUAACAUAAUGUGAAGAGACUCACUUCCCAGUGUAAACGCUGUAGUAUUGUAUAGAAAAAAAAUGUUUUGUGUACAAAAAUAUCAGAGUUUUCGAGACCAGCUUUUUUCUAUAUAUAAAUUAUGCUGCUAUUACAGACUUAACAUUUUCUGUAAAAGGAAAGUCUACAUUUUCUGCCUGUUCAGAACUGUUUAAUAGCGGUUAUUCUUGGGUGUAUUUACAUUUUUAUGUUUUUUAAACUAUUUUCCUUAAAGCUGAAAAUAUUGACAAAUGCAUAUGGUUAGCCUUUAUAAAUAAAAAAGAGCUGCUUUCUUAAGGAAAGCAAGAUCUCUUAAAGUAUA